AUGGCGAUUGAUCUCUGUUCCGAACCUAGUUCCGCAAUCAGCCCCCGGAUUUCCUUCUCCCACGAUUUCUGCCUCUCCGAAUUCGAUCAACAACAGCAGCAGCAGCAACAGCACCCUUACCGAUCCGCAUCCCCCGGCUCCAGCAUCGACUUCGAUUUCUGCGUGAGGAAGAGCAGCUUCGAUCACGACCCUUCCUCUUCCGCCGACGAGCUCUUCUCCGACGGCAAAAUCCUCCCCACCGCCAUCAAAACCGCCGCUGCCGUCCGCCCCAAACCGUCUCUGCCUCCGCCGUCGCCGCAUCCUAAGCCGCGGAUCGAAGAAUCCUCCGCCGGUAAAGAAAUCGACGAUAAUCAUAGGCGGGAAGAGGACGAAGAGUCGAAGCAGCAGAGCUCGUCGAAAUCGUUCUGGCGGUUUAAGCGGAGCAGCAGCGUGAAUUGCUCCACCGGUUACGGGAGGUCGUUGUGCCCGCUCCCGCUUCUCUCGCGGAGCAAUUCCACGGGAUCCUCCACCGCCAGCGUCAAACGAGCCCCGUUUUCCGCCGUCGCCGCCGGGAAGCAACACAAGCAGCAACCUGCUGCAGCAGCCUCGUCGGACCACAGGAAGCCGCCGCUGAGGAAGGUUGGCCACGGAGGGUACGGCGGCAGCGGGGCGUCCGCCGGGGUACGGGUGAGUCCGGUGUUGAAUAUGCCGUCGGGGAAUCUGUUUGGGUUGGGCUCCAUUUUCUCUGGUCAUAGUAAGGACAAGAGCAAGAGCAAGAAGUAA